CUCAGCCAAUCAGAGGAAAGCGGAAAGGACGGCUGUUUGAGCGACGCCAUUUUGCACGCGAAGGGCAUUGAAUGGUUACUACCGGGAGGAGAAAGCGGAUUUGCAGUGUAAAAUCAAUCCACUUGUUGAGGAGAUAAUCUGUGUUAAUCGCAGUUGAGAAACAUUUGGACUAAGUGAUGGCAGGGCACGAUGCUGGGUCACAACACCAAUUCACAGGGUUUCAGAAAUACUUCAAUACCUACACCAUCGUAGGCAGAAGAAAUUAUGUUAUAGCUACAUAUGCAACGAUUGCAAGUAUCGUUCUGUAUUUUAAACUGAGGCCUAAGAAGCAAGCUCCAGCCGUGACACAGAAAUAAGAUGGGUUGACAUUUUGACACUGGACCAUGCACAUAAUAUAACUAGUAGAAGUUGAUGUACACUUCAAUAAAUCAUGAACAGUGAUGAAGUUUGUCAUCUGUACACAUUGCCACUACAGAAGUGACUGUCCUACAUAUAAACAGCGUGCAGAGUUCUAAUGUGUACAAUUCAGUUAAGGAGCCCUUUCAAUCUGUGCUGAGAAAUGAUGGAUACAUCCUUAGGCAUUACUGUAUCUCUAGGAUAAAUGUUACACAGCA